CCCAUGUUACAAAAAAAAAAACGAAUAUGUUAAAAAGUUAUUACAACUGGACUAAAUUUAAUACUAGUGGACAAUAGCCAGGUCAAUUAACUGCUAAAUAUAAAAUUGUAGAAGCAGAAGAGGUGUCCAUUUCAUGAACCAAACUACUCAAAGUGUCUGAGCCAAAGAGAGAGAUUGUACUGGGUAUGGAAGCUGAAGGUCAAUGGCAGAUUUCAGAGAGGGAGAUAUGUUGGUCAGUGGCGUUCAUAGCUGCAUGGAGCAUCAUAAUAUUAUUAUAUUUGAAGCUGUGGCAUAGGCCUCAAAGGUUAAAAUCAAUGCUUCAGAAACAAGGCAUCAAUGGACCAAAACCUUCUUUCCCCUUUGGCAACGUUUCUGAGAUGCAACAGAUCAACCAACCUCCUUCUCUUUCUCUUGAAGCCUUAGACGAAUGGGCUUAUUCCCUCUACCCAUAUUUCCAUACAUGGAAACAACGCUAUGGUCCAGUGUUCAUGUACUCCACUGGAACCAAACAACAUCUGUAUGUGGAAAUACCCGAAUUAAUAAAAUCGAUAGGUGACGGAAUUCUUAUGUCUAAUGGACCGAACUGGACCUUCCAAAGGAAUUUACUUGCUCCGGAGUUUUUCCAGAGCAAAAUUAUGGUUAGUAUAUCGUUUUCUUUUAUCAUUUGGGAUAAAAAAAAUUACAAACUUAUUAAAUGAGAAUACUUUUUUGAUUAAUUUUCAGUUAAGUUGUAAAAGUAAUCAUAAACUUUUAUACGACUUUUACAUAUAAGUCAUACAAAUAAUUACUUACGACUUUAUAAACUAAAGUUGUAUAACAAUUUAUAUAUGACUUCGGUUUACAGAAUCGUACUUACCUUUAUGGGUUACUCCUGAAUAAGAAUUAAUUUAAAACGUGUCAAUUUCAAAAAA